UUGUUUUUCAUCAACAUGUCAUUGCUGUCGUCAUGCCAAGAUGAUCAUAUCAAGCAUGUGGUACUGUUGCAGGGUGACCUGGUCCGGAAGUUAAAGGCUAGUGAAGCUUCAGAGCUGGAUGUGAAGAAAGCAGUAGCUGAGCUGAAGAUAAGGAAAAAAACUCUAGAAGAUAAAGAACUAUCGUUGGUUCCAUCAGCAGCCACGUUUGAUAGAGCAAAGUUGGAGGACUUAUUGCGGAGAAGGUUCUUCUUUGACCAGUCAUUUGCCAUAUAUGGAGGGCAUCCGGUCAUGUAGAUAGAUUUGCAGAUCUUAUGGUGAAGGAUGUGAACACAGGAGAAUGGACCAUUUGAUUAAAGCCCACCUGGAGGAACUGGCUGCUGACAAGAAAACUCCUGUUUAGCCUACUUUCGCCUACAUGUUGGUCUCCACUCUCAUCCGACGCUUCCUUGUGGUUGUCUGGUUCAGGGUAGGGUGUGGUAUUUCUCUGAAUUUGAAUAUGUAUGGGCACCAGUGGACUUGGGUGAAAUUCAUGAAUUUGGAACGGGGAAAACAAAGGGGGGUUGUGGAUAGGCGGGCGUUUGGGGUUCCGACUACUGAGACGGUAGGACGAGAUUCUGUCUCAGGGCGACUUCUGGGCCUUGCUCGCACAAGGAGAUAGAAACACAUGAAACACACACUUCACUCAAAACUGUUACUCUUUAUUUGCAGAUGCGAACGAGAAGUACCUAUUACACUUUUGAAUUUGUGUACUGGACUUGGCCAACACCAAUUUAACCUUCGGGUGGUCACUCC